GUGUUGCUGUGUCCCUGGAAGUGUCAGAGAGCCCAGGGAGUAUCCAGGUGGCCCGGGGCCAAACAGCAGUCCUGCCCUGCACCUUUUCUACCAGUGCUGCCCUCCUUAAUCUCAAUGUCAUUUGGAUGGUCAUUCCUCUCUCCAAUGCUAACCAACCUGAACAGGUCAUUUUGUAUCAGGGUGGACAGAUGUUUGAUGGUGCUCCCAGGUUCCAUGGUAGGGUAGGAUUUACAGGCACAAUGCCAGCCACCAACGUCUCUAUUUUCAUUAAUAACACUCAGCUGUCAGAUACAGGCACCUACCAGUGUUUGGUCAACAACCUUCCAGACAGAGGGGGCAGGAACAUUGGGGUCGCUGGCCUCACAGUGUUAGUUCCCCCUUCUGCCCCACACUGCCAAAUCCAAGGAUCCCAGGACAUCGGCAGUGAUGUGAUCUUGCUCUGUAGCUCAGAGGAAGGCAUUCCCCGACCAACUUACCUUUGGGAGAAGUUAGACAACACCCUCAAGCUACCUCCAACAGCUACUCAGGACCAGGUCCAGGGAACAGUCACCAUCCGGAACAUCAGUGCUCUGUCUUCAGGUUUGUACCAGUGUGUGGCUUCCAAUGCCAUCGGAACCAGCACCUGUCUUUUGGAUCUCCAGGUGAUUUCACCCCAGCCCAGGAGCAUUGGACUUAUAGCUGGAGCCAUUGGCACUGGUGCAGUUAUUAUCAUUUUUUGCAUUGCACUGAUUUUAGGGGCAUUCUUUUACUGGAGAAGCAAAAAUAAAGAGGAGGAGGAAGAGGAAAUACCUAAUGAAAUAAGAGAGGAUGAUCUUCCACCUAAAUGCUCUUCUGCCAAAGCGUUUCACACGGAAAUUUCCUCCUCUGAGAACAACACGCUGACCUCUUCCAAUACCUACAACAGUCGAUACUGGAGCAAUAACCCCAAAGUUCAUGGGAAUAUGGAGUCAUUCAACCACUUCAGUGACUUGCGCCAGUCUUUCUCCCUUCACUCAGGCAAUGCCAAUAUCCCAUCCAUCUAUGCCAAUGGGAACCAUCUGGCCCCGGGCCCACAUAAGACGCUGGUAGUGACAGCCAACAGAGGCUCACCACCACAGAUCAUGCCCAGGAACAAUGUCUCAGUCAGUAGGAAGCCCCGGCCACCCCCCACCCCAUCCUACACCAUCAGCCAAGCGACACUGGAGCGAAUCGGUGCAGUCCCUGUCAUGGUGCCAGCCCAGAGUCGGGCAGGGUCCCUGGUAUAGGACACAAGGGGAUGUUGUGUGCAGAAAAGAAUAAAUGGAAUGCCUCCAUCCAAGGGGAGGUUGGGGUGGGCAAGUGCUGGGAAAGAAACACUUUCCUUAUCGUUCUGUUAGCAGAAGCACAAAAAGAAGGCAGAGCUGCUUCCUGGCCACCAGGAUGUGUAACAUGGCCUACAAUACUCUGUUGGAAAGAAUUGUUUGCCCACCACAGAUGUCCUGGGAUGCAUCUCAAAGAUCUGCCAAGCCAAGGAGAAAGAUCUAAGAGCAGAAUAGCACUGGGCUCCUUCUUGAAUUCAUGCCUAAUGUAAUAAUUUUUGAGACUAAAGUGCCAGGUGAAGGUUAAAUAAUAAAAUUAUUUCAAAAUGUAGAUGUCUUUAGGAAAAACAGUGACCAACUCUGUGAUGUGUUCUGCUUCUCCCUCAUUAUGUAGAGGGCUUCAUGGCGUACGUGUGUAAUACUGAUCCCAAGGGGGCUGGCUCUUUUAUUAUAGAAUCAAAACUUUUUACGCAAACAAAAUUCCGUGAGAAAUGGGGGAAAACAAAUGUUGAGAAAUGCCUCCAUGUUUAUUUAUUUAUCUUCCUGAACCAUAAAUUUCAUAUUUGGAAUUUUGCUAUAUUGACAGAUUCUUGCCUGCCUGCGUUAUUCUAGGAUCUUUUACAGAUCCAUGGCAAUUUCUGUUCAUUAUUUCAUGGGAAUAUAUUUUUUAAAACUAUUAUUAUUAUUUUUUUAAAUACAUGAGAGGCAUAGGCUAGGAGAGAAAAGACUCACACCUUGUUCAGUGAUUGCACUUAGCCCAGGAGGAGGCCCUUCACAGGAGUGCUAGGUAAGGGCAGAAGCGGGCAGGCAGGCGUGAAGGACCCUCGCCCCGCCUGGCAGUGUCCCAGAGGUGGUCGUCUGGGGCUCCUGUGCUGCCCUACCAGGGAGCCCUUCGAGAGGGCAGCCCCAAUGCCUUCUGUAGCUAAGUAGAUAAUCCUCCUUGUUUGACUGGUAGAAGUUAGUAUGUUGUUACAGGAAGGGCAGGAAUGGGCUUUUGUUUUUUUAAUAACUCUUUUUGAAAAAGAGACAAAACAGGAAAUGGGGUGUCUCCCAGGGUGGUCCCGGGAGAAUCUGCCCUAUACUUGACAGCUCAGGUUUGCAAUUUUGACCAAAUCAUUUUACACCACUGCGAAGUGACUCCUUUCAUGGUUCAUUACCUGGCUUGGCUGGCCGUGCAGUUCACCAGACUCACUGACAAGCUCCCCACUCCACUUUGUGCUAUGAAGAUCUAGCUGUGCUAGUGUUAGUGACUCUCUCGCCUUAAUCACACUUUGACUCACAAACGAUUCCUUCCCACAUUGAUUUCCUGAACUAUUUGAGAUAUUGACCCAAGGUUCAGUAUGAGCACCUUUUCUUCCCUCAGGUGCUCUUACUCCCUUUUCCCACCUUGGUUUUUGCCUUUUUUUUCCUGCAAGCAUAGUCUUCAUGGGGAGUGGCCACCCAACACCUUUCCAGUUAUUUGACUUAAUGGAAACCACCAGUUGCUGCA